AUGCACCGACCAGGCUCCUUGCUCGACCACCAGGACGGCAGUCAGUCCGAGCAGGACAUGCUCGGCUCCCUCGGCUCGUCGCAGUCGGACGAUGCUGAAGUUCUUGAGGAGAUGAUGCUCAGACUGUCCCACCAGAUCUCUCAGAUGGACCGACAGCUGGCAAGACUUGACAUGAGCUCGUCUCGAGCUGGAUUGCAGCCUCUUGUGGUCAUGGACUGCCAUGGAGUUUCGCCGAUCAUGACAGAUACCGAGGGGGAGAAGGAAAUGCUGCGGCACGAGCUGAAAAAGUCCAAGAUAGAGCUGAUGCUGGUGAAGAAGAAUCGCGAUGAAUACAAGAAGCAGCUCGUGCGUGCGGCAAAGUCGAUCAAACAGUAUCAGUCGGACAUUGCAGCGCGGGACAGGCAGAUCAUGUCACUGCAGCACAGGUUGACUAGUUGUGUUGCAAGACAGACAGAGUUUGAGCAGCUGGUAAGAAGCCACAUACAACGAGUGAGUGACAAUGACUUGGACAGGUCGGAGUAUGAAAACAAAUCAAUGGAACAGGAACAGAAGAUGCUACAAGCUCUGGAAAGAUAUCUUCCGGCUUGA